AUUCCUCUAUGCCUUUGCCUGCAGAGUGAAACGAGCCAUGUGGUAGGCAGGCACACACACAUAGACGCUCUCUGCACACACACACACACACACACACACACACACACACACACACACACACACACACACACACACACGCACAAACACACACGUAAAGGACAAAUCCUGAGAGACAAGAGCUCUGUGUGGAAGUGAGAGAAGAGCAAGAGGGGGAGGGGGGUGGUUGGGGGAGGAAACACUCACACACAUAUUCACAUGCUCUCCCUCUCUACCUCACACACACUCAAACACACACUCAAACAUACACACACACAGGACUAGAGCGGUGAAGAGGAGAAGAGAAGAGCUGGGAGGCAGGAGGGCUGCUGAACAAAGCAAGGGAAGGAGAGUGGAGUCCAGGGGAGAGCAGCAGCCGUGAAAUGCCUCAACAGGAGCCUGCCAGCUACUCUUGUGGCCACCUAAAGGUGGUGAGCUCCACCUGAGGAUGGCGGGAGAUUCUCAAGUCCACAUGGACCACGACAUGGAGAUAGGAGUCACACCCACAGCGGUGAAAAAGCUUCCCAAACACAUGCGGGAGGCCCAAAUCUCCACUGAGCGCACCCACCUCAUCGCCGACCCCAUCAAGAAGCCCCGACAACGCUACGUCCAGAAGGACGGCAAAUGCAACGUUCACCACGGCAAUGUGCAGGAAACCUACCGUUACCUUAGCGACCUGUUUACCACCCUGGUGGACCUGCGCUGGCGCUUCAGCCUCUUCAUUUUCACUUUGGUCUAUGUGGUCAACUGGCUGUUUUUCGGCCUGCUGUGGUACAUCAUCGCCCUGAUCCGAGGGGAUCUGUGGCACAGCGACGAGGAGGGCUGGACCCCCUGCGUAGAGAACCUCAACAGCUUCGUCUCUGCCUUCCUCUUCUCCAUUGAGACGGAGACCACCAUCGGCUACGGCUACCGCGUCAUCACAGAGAAAUGCCCUGAGGGCAUCAUCCUGCUGCUGAUCCAGGCCAUCCUGGGCUCCAUCGUCAAUGCCAUGAUGGUGGGCUGCAUGUUCGUGAAGAUCUCCCAGCCAAAGAACCGUGCCGAGACGCUCAUGUUCUCCCACAAGGCGGUGAUCUCUGUGCGGGACAACAAGCUGUGUCUGAUGUUCAGAGUUGGGGACCUGCGCAACUCCCACAUCGUGGAGGCCUCCAUCCGGGCCAAGCUGAUCCGCUCACAGCAGACCAAGGAGGGGGAGUUCAUCCCUCUCAACCAGACGGACAUCAACAUCGGUUUCGACACGGGAGACGACCGGCUCUUCCUGGUGUCCCCACUCAUAAUCUCCCACGAGAUCAACGAGAAGAGCCCCUUUUGGGAGCUGUCCCAGGCCCAAAUGGACAAGGAGGAGUUUGAGAUUGUGGUCAUCCUGGAGGGUAUGGUUGAAGCUACAGGGAUGACCUGCCAGGCCCGGAGCUCUUAUCUGGACAAAGAGGUGUUGUGGGGCUGGCGUUUCACCCCGGUCCUGUCUCUGGAGAAGGGCUUCUACGAGGUGGACUACAACAGCUUCCACGACAUCUACGAGACCAACACACCGUCGUGCAGCGCUAAAGAGCUAGCCGCUACACUACGAGAGGGCCAGCUGCUCCCCACGCUCUCUUCGCUGACGCCCGAGCCCCCCAAACCCUACACCCUGGAACCCCUGUCCACCCACAACCCACUCACCAAAGAGGUGGACAAGGGGGAGGAGGGGGAGAGGGGAGAGAUCAACGGCUCGGCUGCAGCUCUGGAAGACCAGCCCGGACUGGACUGACUACUUCAGAUAAGCCAAACCAGAGACAAAGUUACUAAAGACUAUGCCUCAUUUAGUCAAUGGCCAGCUUGUUCCAUUGCAUUGCUUGGAGAUAAAAGAUCCCCCCCCUCCCCAUGCAAUAAUUCUCUAGAGUGUCAAUCUGUAGUAUAUAUUUGUUUUGCAGACACAAAUACACACAAACAAACUAACAUACACAAUUAUACAAACACAUAAUACACAUAAUAUGCUCCAGAUUGGUCGUAUUGUCUUUUUAUAUUUGAGGCGACCACAUAUUUCCAUUACAGUAGUAAUAGCUCAAGUGAUAUACUGUAUAACCUGAAGUGGAACAGGUAGCCAUGACGAACGAAUAUCACAGCUUACAAAUGAUCCAAUAUCCUAAAUUUAGAGAUUGUUGAUUCAGCUUCCGACAGAAUAUGUGCGGACCAGAUCAUUAUCUUCAAUCCCAUCACGCUUUGUUAUUACAGUUGUCCACUAUGGAAUCUCUUAACUGAAGGCAAUAUGUACGCAGCCGCGCUUCAGCCCUCCUUCGUACCUGUAGGCAGGAAGUAGAGCUCAGCUCAGUUCAGCUCGCCGCUAUAGAUCAAGCGCUGUCUCUUUGUCCAAUCACCCUCGUAUUUUGUCCAAUCUCCCUUGCGGUUCCACUGUCAUGCUUAAUCGCAUUACGUGUGACGAAUAUACUAGAGCAAAACACAGAACCCAGAGAGUCCCUCAGUAUUGGACCCAGAGGAACGGGCAGUACCUCAUUUUGAUAUUCAUGAUACAUAAGCACAAGCCCUGUGACCCUGAUAUGCCCCCCUUCCCUCCAUCCCUGUCCCCCCUCCUGCCCCUGACUGGUGCAUAUUUUAGUGCAUGGUGUUGAGUAUAGGCUACUGAUGAUACAAGCAGGUUUAUAAUGAUAUGUACGCUCAUAAGUAUUUCUUCCCUGCACUGUGACAUAAGCUUUUUGUGCUAUUCGUCUUAUUUCACCUUUGGUUAGUUCUGUUUAAAUCAAAUCUAAAUAAAAUGCAAUUGUAUUGGUCGCGUACACAGAUUUUGCAGAUGUCCAGAUUCAGUUUUAUUCUACCCAUAGUCCUGGUCUGGACUCAGCUAGCUACUGUUGUCUCUGCUUGAGAGAGUGUAUGACUCUGUCGCUUGUCCUGUGUGUCACAUUUUCUACAGUUUUCUUUUGAGGAUGUGUAUGACAGAGCUUGCAUGAUAAUGAACUGUCCCCUCGACAUAGCAAGUUUAAUACACUGCUAAUAAUACAGGGUAUUUUCUAGGCAUGCAAACUACAAUGAACAAUUUCUACAGAUAUUGUAAACCAAUAUAUUGAUGAUAGCUAAGAUGACAAAUCUCUUAAAUUAAACCCUUCUCCCCCUUCUAUAACAUUUAUUUGCAUUUCUCCAAACACUUGUCCCAUCAAUGUAUUUUAUUUCACUGUGACAUUGUAGCAUCAUAUUUAUGCCAUUUGCAUAAAGAUCCUUUAUCAUUAGAGAAAAUAACUUCUCCCAUAGGUGGAAUGUCAUCUGUUUUAUGUGUGUUCUCAUUGGAAUAAACCUAAUAUGGCCAAAA